GAGACCGCCGAGACCGCAUCCACCCCGCGAGCACAGAAGCCUCGCCCUCACCGUUCCGCCGCCGGUCCACACCCGCCACUUAGCUCGCCAUGGAUGACGAUAUUGCUGCGCUGGUCGUUGACAACGGCUCUGGCAUGUGCAAGGCCGGUUUCGCAGGCGACAGUGCCCCUUGGGCUGUCUUCCCUUCCAUCGUCGGGCGCCCGCGGCACCAGGGUGUGAUGGUGGGCAUGGGUCAGAAGGACUCGUACGUGGGCGAUGAGGCCCAGAGCAAGAGAGGCAUCCUGACCCUGAAGUACCCCAUCGAGCAUGGCAUCGUCACCAACUGGGACGACAUGGAGAAAAUUUGGCACCACACUUUCUACAAUGAGCUGCGUGUGGCCCCUGAGGAGCACCCUGUGCUGCUGACUGAAGCCCCCCUGAACCCCAAGGCUAACCGUGAGAAGAUGACCCAGAUCAUGUUUGAGACCUUCAACACUCCAGCCAUGUAUGUGCCCAUCCAGGCUGUGCUGUCCCUGUAUGCCUCUGGCCGUACCACUGGCACCGUGAUGGACUCUGGUGAUGGGGUCACCCACACUGUGCCCAUCUAUGAGGGGUAUGCCCUCCCUCAUGCCAUCCUGCGUCUGGACUUGGCUGGCCGGGACCUGACAGACUACCUCAUGAAGAUCCUCACCCAGCGUGGCUACAGCUUCACCACCACAGCUGAGCGGGAAAUUGUGCGUGACAUCAAGGAGAAGCUGUGUUACGUCGCCCUGGACUUCGAGCAGGAGAUGGCCACAGCAGCCUCCAGCUCCUCCCUGGAGAAGAGCUACGAGCUGCCCGAUGGCCAGGUGAUCACCAUUGGAAAUGAGCGGUUCCGCUGCCCAGAGGCUCUGUUCCAGCCUUCCUUCCUGGGCAUGGAAUCCUGUGGCAUCCAUGAAACUACCUUCAACUCCAUUAUGAAGUGUGAUGUGGACAUCCGCAAGGACCUGUAUGCCAACACAGUGCUGUCAGGUGGCACCACCAUGUACCCUGGCAUCGCCGACAGAAUGCAGAAGGAGAUCACUGCCCUGGCUCCCAGCACAAUGAAGAUCAAGAUCAUUGCUCCCCCUGAGCGCAAGUACUCCGUGUGGAUCGGAGGCUCCAUCCUGGCCUCGCUGUCCACCUUCCAAAAGAUGUGGAUCAGCAAGCAGGAGUAUGAUGAGUCUGGCCCCUCCAUUGUCCACCGCAAAUGCUUCUAGGUGGACCAUUAGUUGCGUUACACCCUUUCUUGAUAAAACCUAACUUGCGCAGAAAACAAGAUGAGAUUGGCAUGGCUUUAUUUGUUUUUUUUGUUUUGUUUUGUUUUGUUUUGUUCUUUUUUUGGCUUGACUCAGGAUUUAAAAACUGGAAUGGUGAAGAUGACAGCAGUUGGAGCAAAUAUCCCCAAAGUUCUACAAUGUGGCCGAGGACUUUGAUUGUAUAUUCUUUUUUUUAAUAGUCAUUCCAAAUAUUGUGAGAUGCGUUGUUACAGGAAGUCCCUUGCCCUCCCAAAAGCUGCCCCACUUCUCUCUAAGGAGAAUGGCCCAGUCCUCCCAGUCCACACAGGGGAGGUGACAGCAUUGCUUUUGUGUAAAUUAUGUAAUGCAAAAUUUUUUUAAUCUUUGCCUUAAUACUUUUUUAUUUUGUUUUAUUUUGAAUGAUCAGCCAUUGUGGCCCCCUUUUUGUCCCCCAACUUCAGAUGUAUGAAGGCUUUUGGUCUCCCUGGGAGUGGGUGGAGGUGUGGAGGCAGCCAGGGCUUACCUGUACACUGACUUGAGACCAGUUCAAUAAAAGUGCACACCUUAAAAAAAAAAAAAAA